UUGGGCUCGGGCUCCGGGAUGUCCGCGCUGUGCGACCCUCCCGGGGCCCCGGGGCCCCCCGGGCCUGCCCCGGCCGCCCACGGUCCCGCGCCGCUCAGUGCCCAGGAGCUGUCCCAGGAAAUCAAGGCGUUUCUGACUGGCGUGGACCCCAUUCUGGGCCACCAGCUCUCUGCCCGGGAACAUGCCCGCUGUGGCCUCCUCCUCCUCCGCUCUCUGCCACCCGCUCGGGCUGCGGUGCUCGACCACUUGCGAGGGGUCUUUGAUGAAAGUGUCCGUGCCCACUUGGCUGCUCUGGAAGAAAGCCCAGUACCCGGCCCCCCUCACCUCCGCCCACCACCACCCUCCCAUGUCCCUGCGGGGGGGCCCGGUCUUGAGGAUGUGGUCCAGGAAGUCCAGCAGGUGCUGUCUGAGUUCAUCCGGGCCAACCCAAAAGCCUGGGCACCAGUGAUAAGCGCGUGGUCCAUUGACCUCAUGGGGCAGCUGAGUAGCUCAUACUCGGGCCAGCACCAGCGUGUGCCCCACGCCACUGGCUCCCUGAAUGAGUUGCUGCAGCUGUGGAUGGGCUGCCGGGCCACCCGCACGCUCAUGGACAUCUAUGUGCAGUGUCUCUCUGCUCUCAUUGGUAGUUGCCCAGAUGCUUGCGUCGAUGCCUUGCUGGAUACGUCUGUCCAGCAUUCGCCUCACUUCGAUUGGGUGGUGGCACACAUCGGCUCCUCUUUCCCUGGCACCAUCAUCUCCCGAGUCCUCUCCUGCGGCCUCAAGGAUUUCUGUGUUCACGGUGGGGCUAGUGCUGGUGGUAGUGGCGGAAGCGCUUCCCAAAAUCCCUCUGCAGACUCCUUUCCUGGAUCUCCUGCUCUCCCUGCGGAGAAGCGGGUGCCUAAGAUUGCCUCAGUGGUGGGCAUUCUUGGGCACUUGGCUUCCCGCCACGGAGAUAGCAUCCGGCGGGAGCUCCUUCGUAUGUUCCAUGAGAGCCUGGCUGGUGGCUCCGGGGGUCGCAGCGGGGACCCAUCCCUGCAGGCCACAGUUCCUUUCCUGCUGCAGCUUGCAGUCAUGUCACCAGCUCUGCUGGGCACUGUGUCAGGGGAGCUGGUGGACUGCCUGAAGCCCCCCGCCGUGCUCAGCCAGCUGCAGCAACAUCUGCAAGGGUUCCCCCGCGAGGAGCUGGACAACAUGCUGAACCUGGCCGUGCAUCUGGUGAGCCAGGCCUCCGGGGCCGGCGCCUACCGCCUGCUGCACUUCCUGGUGGACACCGCCAUGCCGGCUUCGGUCAUCACGACGCAGGGCCUGGCCGUGCCGGACACGGUCCGCGAGGCUUGUGACCGCCUGAUCCAGCUGCUGCUGCUCCACCUGCAAAAACUGGUUCAUCACCGGGGCGGGUCUCCCGGGGAAGGGGUGCUAGGCCCACCCCCGCUGCCCCGGCCUGUGCCCUUCCUUGAUGCCCUAAGGAACCAUGUUGGAGAACUGUGCGGAGAGACUCUGCGGUUGGAACGGAAGCGAUUCCUCUGGCAACACCAGCUUUUGGGGCUGCUCUCUGUCUAUACCCGGCCAAGCUGCGGACCUGAGGCCUUGGGCCAUCUGCUGAGCCGGGCCCGGAGCCCCGAAGAGUUGAGCUUAGCAACCCAGCUAUACGCAGGGCUGGUGGUCAGUCUCUCUGGCCUCCUGCCCCUGGCCUUCCGAAGCUGCCUGGCUCGGAUACAUGCUGGGACUUUACAGCCUCCCUUCACCGCCCGGUUCCUGCGCAACUUAGCACUGCUAGUAGGGUGGGAGCAGCAGGGUGGGGAGGGCCCAGCAGCACUCGGGGCCCGAUUCGGGGAGUCGGCCUCUGCCCAUCUGUCUGACCUGGCGCCUCUCCUCUUGCAUCCCGAAGAAGAAGUAGCCGACGCCGCUGCCUCCCUUCUGGCCAUCUGUCCCUUUCCCCCGGAAUCCCUGUCCCCCUCCCAACUCCUGGGGCUGGUGCGAGCUGGGGUGCAUCGCUUCUUUGCCUCUCUCAGACUGCACGGGCCCCCCGGGGUGGCUUCGGCCUCGCAGCUUCUCGCCCGCCUCUCUCAGACCUCCCCAGCCGGCCUCAAGGCAGUCCUGCAGCUGCUGGUCGAGGGAGCUUUGCAUCGGGGCAACACAGAACUGUUUGGAGGAGAGGUGGAUGGGGAGGAUGAGACGCUGUCAGUGGUCUCAGCUCCUUUGACCUCUGCUUCCCUGUUGGACACGAACCGACGUCACACUGCAGCAGUGCCCGGUCCCGGAGGCAUCUGGUCAGUUUUCCACGCCGGAGUCAUCGGCCGGGGCCUCAAGCCACCCAAGUGCGUGCAGCCCCGCAAGCCACACGAAGUCAUCUAUAACACCCAGAGCCUCUUCAAUCUCCUGGUGCGCUGUUGUAGUGCCCCGGGGAGCACCGAAUGUGGGGGCUGCUGGGGAGCACCCACCCUGAGCCCGGAGGCCGCCAAAGCCGUGGCAGUGACCUUGGUGGAGAGUGUGUGUCCAGAUGCAGCAGGUGCUGAACUGGCCUGGCCUCCCGAGGAGCACGCCCGGGCCACCGUGGAGCGGGAUCUCCGCAUCGGCCGACGCUUCAGGGAACAGCCCCUGCUCUUCGAGCUGCUGAAGCUGGUCGCCGCUGCCCCACCAGCCCUGUGCUACUGCUCGGUGCUGCUCCGGGGCCUGCUGGCCGCCCUGUUGGGCCAUUGGGAAGCCUCCCGCCAUCCCGAUACAACCCACUCCCCCUGGCACCUGGAGGCCUCCUGCACCCUGGUGGCCGUCAUGGCAGAGGGCAGCCUCCUGCCACCAGCUCUGGGUAACAUGCACGAGAUAUUCAGCCAGUUGGCCCCUUUUGAGGUGCGCCUGCUGCUGCUCAGCGUCUGGGGGUUUCUCCGGGAGCACGGACCCUUGCCCCAGAAGUUCAUCUUUCAGUCGGAGCGAGGCCGCUUCAUCAGGGACUUCUCCAGGGAAGGUGGCGGCGAGGGAGGAGCCCACCUGGCCGUCCUGCACAGCGUCCUCCACCGUAACAUCGAUCGCCUGGGCCCUUUCUCCGGUCGGUUCCAGGCCCCAUCGUCCACUUUCCUUCGGCAGGGCACAUAGCUUUUCUUUGCGUCUAGGCUGCAGAAAAGCACAGGGAGUUUAUUUAAAGCAGAGAUCAUCUGGAGGGACAAGGGGCUGCAGAAAAAAAUAAAAA